UGUUCUUGUUCUGCUAUUUACCGAUUUUUGCGAAAUACAUGUUACUGUUGACCACGGAAUUACGAUCUUAGUGGGUAGAUUGCAAGUGCUGUCACAAUGUCUCGUGAGGCUCAACAAGAGAAUAUUAAAACUAUUGCUGUUCUCGAUUUGGAAACCAAUGGCCUGCCGUGGCAACAAAAUAAUACAUGUGCCAUCACUGAGCUGACCAUUUAUGCCUUUCCAGCAACGUGCUUGAAAGACACCAACGAAGAUGCAAUUGUGCUGCAAUUAAAUGAUGACAUGGAUGUUAUUGAGAACAUGACAGUGAAGCCACCAGAAAUGCCUCGUGUCUUACAUAAGAUAACAAUGAUGAUAAAUCCAGAGGGGCCCAUACAUCCGGUGGCAGCAAAAAUGUCGGGCCUCUCCAAUCAAAUGUUAGAUAGCGAAACACCAUUUGAUGAAAAUACUGCGAAUUGUCUGUUAAUGUUUUUGGAGCGUCUGGAGAAACCUAUUUGUUUUGUUGCCCACAAUGGGUGGUCGUUUGAUUAUCCAAUCAUACGAUAUGUUUUUGAUACCAUAAAUAUGACUAUACCCGCAUCUAUUUACUGCAUUGACUCCUUUCAAGCAUUUCGUGAAAUUGAUGAAAAACAAACCCAAAUUGACGAAGUGAAGAGUGAAAUUUCAGAAUGUGAUCAUAUGUCUCCGAGUUUACAAAGAGAGUCGGAUAAGCGCUCAUUUGCCUUAAGCAGAUAUCGAUCGUUAUUUUCGGAACCUUUUAAACCCAAGACAAGAUUUCCCGUAAAAGGCACCUAUGUAUUGGGCAAUAUCUAUGAACGCAUAUUCCAGCAAUCUGCUGAGCAUUUACAUCGUGCUGAAUCUGAUGUGGCGAUAUUAACCGAGUUAAUUUUACACCACGGGUUAAUAUUUUUAGCCUAUGUCGAAGAGCGUAAACGAUCGUUUGCGGAGGUAUCGAAACUUGGAUCCAAAUCCACAUGAGAUCCAUAAGUCUUUUAUAUUUGUUAUGCAUCUAAUCGUGUAGUCUGAUGUUCAUAUUGAUCUAUUGAAAGUUCUUGUUUUAUUUUUAGAGAAUUUUUUUAUUUAAAUAUUUUAUAUACAUUAAUAGAGUAUGUAUACUUUUUAAGGAAAUGAAAUGCACGUUUUAUAGUCAUCACGUUUGUUAUAUUUAUAUAGGACAACAUAAAUAUAUUUUUUUAUACAAGUUAAUAACUAGGAUAAUUUUUCCAAUAAACAAUAUAUUUUGCUAAUGUUUUAUAAGCAAAAGAAAAACCAAA